CAGGUCGUCGUCGUCGUCGCGAAACGCUCACCGCGCCGAGAGAAAAGAGCGAACCUGGCGCGUGCAACUUUGCGAGCAACGGCAACGGCAACUCAGUGCGGCCACGGGGCGUGCAGAUUAUCGCCGACAGCCGUGCAGAUCGGACGUAUUUCGCUCGUAUUUUGUGGUUUUCGUUUGUUUUAUCGGAUUUCAUUUUCCUUGCUCGAUUUUUUGUGUGUUUUGUGUUUACUUUGUACGAUAAGUAUCGCGCUAUUGUUUGCGUCUCUAGAAAUUGUGUGUUGUGCUUUUUUUUAGAGCAAUUUUUGCUCGCCAAGAGAUCUUGACAGAAGUGGCCGGUUUGUGCAAACAUUUUCACCCAUUCGUUUUGGGAGAUUAAGUGAAACAACAGUGAAAUCUACCAGUGGUCACUUAAACAGUGAGUGAAAUAAACGCUACCAGCUUUAAAUCAGCGGUGAAAUCGUAAUUGCACAGCGGUUUUCGGAAUUUUGGAUGUUGUAUAUUUUUGGUGGGUGAGCACAUUGUGUGUACACAUUUGAAAAGUGAAAUAAAAACGAAUGAAUAAGUGAGAAGUAAAAGAUAAAAGUAAAAAAGUGGAAAUCUUCAGCGAAGCAAGGAAAUAACCAUCGAAUAAUAAAACAAGAUAAAAGUAUCAUUUUCGAUCGUGAUUUAUGAUCAAUCAGUGAAAAUUGCAACCGGAAAGUGGUGUAGCAAUCCUGCAGUACUGCAUCGCGAAACGCAGUUUCUGCAAGCAAGUUCGGAAGUGCAGACGAUCCGUGGCGGUUCGUAGUGUCGUGAGUCGUUGAGUAUUUCAAGCCGACAUUCAGCUGAAACACGAAACAAUCCAGAAGAACCCUAGUAAGCAGUUGCCCAACUCUGCCAGUUUUAGUAAACUAAUCUGAGAGAAAGUAAGCAGCAGCAAUAGAAGCCGAAAACAUCGAUCCGAUAAUGAAUCAUACCUGUGCUGGAUCAACUAUUUGAAACAACUAACACUUCACAAACAAUCGCACACCUAAAUCAACAUCGCUCGCUCAUACUACCACCCCCGUAACGCGUAACCGGUAACACGCUCACGUCACAUCAACCGUCCCCAAUAUCACACCACCGCUCGCACCCCCCGGACCUCGGAAAUCCUGGCGGCGCCACCACGGGGCUCUGUCUGAUCUGUAGAAAGCGAACGGGUGAGUGGCACUUGCGAACUAUUCUACCCGGAUGUUCAGACCAGGACCAGAGCGUGCUCGUUGGAACCGCAUGAGGCCACAGCUGCUGCUACAAUAGUCGAGACCCCCAGCAACAACAACAAAAAAAGACCUGUAGACGACCUGUAGUAGACCUAGUUCAGAACCAACUACGACAAUUCAAUACUUCUACUAGUCACCGACUACUUGGACAACGAAAGUCAACGUCUCGUCCUACUGAACACUUCCGGACGUGCACCGGCAGUUCCCGCUCCAUCCAUGCCUUUCAAUUUAGCGGACUUUCGUGUGAGUUGAAGUUUCAAUAAAAUGGGCCAAGAGAAAUCUCUGCCCUCCAGAUGUACUUCCGCACAUGACUACCACCAUCACCACCACCACCACCAUCACCACCACACGACGUCCCUGGCCUCGUCAACGGGAUCCAAGUCCUCUGCAGCACCUUCCCGCUCACCGUCUACGGCUUCAACGACCUCCUCUGCCUCGUCUGCGUCCGCAGCGUCAUCGUACAAAAGUGUCGAACGGCAAACCAAGUACUUAAACGAGCAUCUCUACAUCAAAUCUUAUCUGGACAUUGAGGAGGAGGACAGAAACGCCAAACUGUUGUUCCAGAAGGUGCGACCCGGCGGUAUACGGAACUACACACCGAAGAUCCUUUCGGAGAACAACAAAAAAAACAUUGAUGUGUGGAUAUAGCAGUCGGCGGCUGGAGUUACUUUACGCUGAAACUGUUACAUAAAUAGAAGCCACGCUUGCAUCAACAACUACAAACUAUCGAAUUAACACCUUCUUCUUCUGUGCUGCCCCCUGCAAUCUCGCAACUUAUAAACCCUUUAUAGAAAAGGGGAAACAUUUUUGGCAGACCUCUUCGUAACACUAGUUCUCUCGUGCAAUGGCUCUUGGACUCGCUUCCGUAGCGGCAGUAGCUGGAGGAAUCACGCACACCCCGAUAGCACUACUCACUCUCAUACCACUUAUAGCUGUAGGAGUCAAUUACUAUAGAUACCAAAGUGUGGAUCCGGAAUCGAAACCUAUAGACCAGGAAACAUUAAGACGCUACUAUGACUUUAUCGUCAUCGGUGCCGGAUCAGCCGGUGCCGUAAUGGCUUCGCGACUCUCGGAGAUAGGAGAUUGGUCGGUGCUACUGCUGGAAGCUGGCGGAGAUGAAAACGAGGUGACCGACGUACCAUCACUGGCAGGGUAUCUCCAGUUGACAGAAUUUGACUGGAAGUACCAAACGACACCGUCCGGUGAUCGAAGGUACUGCCAAGCGAUGAUAGGCGACCGAUGUAAUUGGCCCAGAGGAAAGGUUAUGGGAGGAUCCAGUGUGCUUAACGCAAUGGUGUACGUGAGAGGCAAUCGAAGGGACUACGACAGCUGGCUAGAACAGGGUAACCUAGGCUGGGGUUACGACAGUGUCCUACCAUAUUUCAUCAAAUCGGAGGACAACCGUAAUCCAUACAUGGCAAGAUCACCGUACCAUGGAGUAGGAGGAUAUCUAACGGUCCAGGAGGCUCCUUGGAGAACUCCACUUUCGGUUGCGUUCGUAAAAGCAGGCAUGGAAAUGGGUUACGAAAACAGAGACAUCAACGGAGCAGAACAAACAGGAUUUAUGUUGCUCCAAGCGACUAUGAGACGAGGAAGUCGCUGCAGUACAUCGAAAGCAUUCCUGCGUCCGGUGCGUUUAAGGAAAAAUCUAGACGUCGCAAUGCACGCCCAAGUGACGCGCAUUAUUUUCGACAAAAACAACAGAGCGUACGGAGUCGAAUUCGUGCGCAACAACAAACGGCAGCUGGCUUUUGCCAAAAAGGAGAUUAUUUUAUCAGCUGGAGCGUUGAACACUCCACAGAUAUUGAUGCUGAGUGGCGUUGGACCGGCAGAUCAUCUGGCCGAAUUCGGAAUUCCGGUGCUAUCGGAUCUUCCAGUUGGUGACAACAUGCAAGACCACGUCGGGCUCGGCGGCUUGACGUUCGUUAUUGAUGAACCAGUAUCGGUAAAAACUUCACGUUUCACAACCGUACCAGUGGCAUUUGACUACAUCUUCAACGAACGAGGACCAAUGUCGUUCCCGGGUAUCGAAGCUGUUGCCUUUGUAAAUACAAAAUAUGCCGAUCCGUCUGGAAAGUGGCCCGAUAUCCAGUUUCACUUUGGACCGAGUUCGGUCAAUUCCGACGGUGGACAGUACAUCCGAAAGAUUCUCAAUCUUCGCGAUGGUUUCUACAACACGGUCUACAAACCUCUACAGAAUGCCGAGACAUGGACAAUCCUUCCUCUUCUGCUGCGACCGAAAAGUACCGGCUGGGUUCGGUUGCGAUCGCGAAAUCCGUUCGUGCAACCUUCGCUCGAACCCAACUACUUCGCCCAUCCCGAAGACGUAGCGGUGCUCGUCGAGGGGAUCAAGAUUGCGAUCAACGUGUCCAGCACGCCGGCGUUCCAGCGGUUCGGAUCGCGGCCGCACAAAAUUCCGCUGCCAGGCUGUCGGCAUUUACCGUUCAUGUCCGACGAGUACUGGGCCUGCUGUAUAAAACAGUUUACCUUCACCAUCUAUCAUCCGACGGGAACAGCGAAGAUGGGACCAAGCUGGGAUCCCGGAGCGGUGGUCGAUCCCCGGCUACGGGUGUAUGGAGUUUCCGGACUGAGAGUGGUGGACGCUAGUAUUAUGCCGACGAUAGUCAGCGGCAAUCCCAACGCGCCAGUCAUCAUGAUUGCCGAAAAGGCGGCCGACAUGAUCAAACAGGACUGGGGUCGUUGGUGAACACCAAACACAAAAGCAAUGGGGUAUCACUGAAGCAAAUUCACAUGUGCCUAAACGUAGUUUUUCGCCUGCCUUUAAAUUGUGUACUUAGCAAAAAUUAUAGAAUGUGAUAUUAUAGUGCAGCGAAAAACGUCAGAACGUAAACAUCGAAUAACAAUGUCGCGUGGUUAGCACUGCAGCAGCCAAGAGGAGCAACACACAGAAGAGAAUGCCGAGAGAAUGUAGUAUAAUAAAUUUCUACUAGUCAGCAUCUGGGGACAAAUCACGUCCAGGCGUUACUGAAAACAGAUUAUUUCAAAACAAUGGAAAUUGUUGUCUUUAAUUUUAUGUUGAUCAAGUUUUUGUUUUAAAAAAUAUUGUGUAUAAGACUAUAAAGGACGUUAGGGUAAUGUGACAAUGUAUUUCCUAUUUAAACCGGCACUACCCUCAAGCUCAACUUUGUUGCAUAAUCCGUAUAAAGCUAAAUCAGAAAAUGCUAAAUUAAAACGAAAGCUGAAUUAAAUCUACGAAAAUACAGAGACAACAAGAGU